AUUAAUCGAGCUUUAUAUUUGAAAGUUAGUGCGAUGAGCGCAAGUACCAUGAGCAAGUCGUAACACACCCACACACACAUACAUUUGAAUUAUUGAAGCAUGCACGUGUUGUGAAUAUCAUACGGGGGUGAAUUGGUAUAUUCGCGCGCAGGCGAUCGAGUGAGAUUCUAGACUUAAGACCUAGACCCAAGACCAUCGUUACCUAGUAGUCAGUUAUAGUUAAAGCUCUAUCGCAAACGUUAAGCUUCAACAUCACCAGAAUCUACACACCAGUACACUGAGUACUUGUGCCCGUGUACCAGCACACAGACGAUGAAAAAGCUUCUGCUCGUGCUCUGGAUCUGACUGUUUUUCACGAGAGCACAACCAUCAGUUACUCACGGACAGUCAUACUGAGCACUCGGACGCAAUAUCGGCGGCUUUUUAUCUCUUCCCGCGUUAUUUAUGCCAGUCACUAGUCGCUAUUGUUUAUACGUUUCAAUAAAUCAUGCAGAAGCUUAAAUGACCAAAUAAUUAAAAAUCGUCGAGGCAAAAAAAAACUCAUUUCAUCAGAGCAAACAACGUCCGUGAUUUUUUUCAUCUAUCCUCAUUUUCCCUCAGGCCCUUGGGCGUUUGAAAUAAAAAAAAAUCCCAGCAAUGUCGAAGGCACGUUCACGUCGAACGGCGCUAAAAUUUAAAGCGGCCAGCUUUGUGUCAGAGUUAAUAAUUCUCAACGUUAAAUUUAUGUUUGUACACCAGAAAAAGGCUCCCGUGAUAUCGGGACUUAGAAAAGAAUAAAAAAAUCAACCCGAAAUACUGAAACCUAAAAACGAAGUAAAAAAAACCUUCUUAAUUAAAAGAUCUCCAGAUAAAAAAAAACACAGUCAGACAUUUAAAUUUUCAAGAAAGGGAUGGAGUACAACAGAAGCUGGCACGUUACAGCAUUACAUCUGACCACGACCACGAUGACCACCAUCGCGGUCAUGACGUAUGUUCAUGCAACAAUGGGUGCUGCAAGUACAUCAACCAAAACUACAUCACUACCACCCACGACAAGUUCCAUUCUGUCUCGUGGGAAUCCCGGACCCUUUGAUAUUCGUCGGGCCGAAGUGGAAGAAGCCCUGGAUAUUAUUGAAGCGGCGUCAUCGAAUUCACUCGGGGAGGAUUGUGCGUCGACUGCCGGUUAUAAAUCACUACCAACUGGGGCGGCAUUGGAUCCAAGACGUUUUGAUGCAGCCAGACAGAAGAUAGAUAUGGCCGCUACGAUGUUACAGACUCUUGGGUCAAACAAUCAUCCACCAGGACUAUUGAACGCCGUGGCCCGAUCACUUUUGUUGUCGGUCAACAAUGCAAUUGCUACGAGAGUUGUCGUUCUGAAUGCAUCAACGGAUAUUGUUAUCUCGGAAACAUGGCUAAAACGUACGCCAAGUAGUAUAGGUGAGCCAAUAAAACUUGAAAGCGACACCCUGCGCGCGGGAUAUCGACCGCAUCCAGGACUCCCUUGGUUCGAGAAUGCCGGAGGCUCUACUUCGCAAUUGAGAUCUCCUAAAUUCGUAUUAUCAGCUCCAAUAGAAUCAUACAUGGGCUGGUGGACCCUGCCAUAUUUAUCUUGCAAAACUCAUCAGUGGAUAAUAUCAUACAGCGUUUAUGUACGACAAUCAGAUACGCGAAACGGCAUUCGUGACUUUUUAAGUGUGGAUAUCGACAUCAGCGGGCUGGAAGUUAACCAGUGCGAUGGAGAUGUAUCACCCUCAGCUAGUUUUGCUGCUGACUCACCUCUAACUCGAUCAUCAUCAUCUUCUUCUUCCUCAUCUUCAUCUUCAACUUCUACUUCUACUUCAACGCAUCAACGCUCAGAUGCUUCUGCUUCCGCGCCAGCUCAUGAUAAUCAAAUAGAAUCAUUUAGAGGCUCACACAAGUGUCACAACGAUACCACGCAAUGCGAGUACAGAGGACCAUCCAGCCUCAGAAGUGCCGAGAUCAGCGUAUCACCCGUAGCACCCGGUUGGGUAAAAGGCGCCUACGUAUGCAGAUGUCGUGACGGCUUUUACAGCCUCGAUCUUUCAAGUGCCGCUGCCAGAGAACCCGCAGCUUUCGACGGAGUGCUCGUAGAAGCUGCGUGGAGAGAAAUGCAGAUGAAUAAAAGUGAUUUGUAUGAUAAAAUGUUUAGAUGCACUAGAUGUGCUGUCGGUUGUGUUACUUGUAAAGGUCCAGAACCUUGUCUAGCUACUUAUCAUUGGCCAUUCAGAAUAACUCUGCUGACAUUUUCGAUAUUUUGCUCGUGCGGCGCCGUCCUUUUAAUAUUCUACGUCUACAAACAUCGCAAGCUCAAAGUCUUCAAGGUUGCAUCCCCUAUUUUUCUAUCCAUAACUCUACUUGGCUGUGCAAUAAUGUACUUAGAAAUGGCUGCAAUAUUUCCUGUACUUGACGUCUACUCUUGUAUAGCAACCAAGUGGACAAGACAUCUUGGGUUCUGUAUAUCCUACACAGCUCUGCUAAUGAAAACCUGGCGAGUAUCAUUGACGUAUCGCGUCAAGAGUGCUCACAAAGUUAAGCUCACAGACAAGCAGCUACUGCAGUGGAUGAUACCUAUUCUGCUGGUUAUGAUCAUUUAUUUGAGCACUUGGACACUCAGUGCCCCGCCUGAUGCUCAUGUUAUUGCCGAUAGUCAAGGCCUUGAGUUUAAUCAAUGCGAGUAUAAUUGGUGGGAUCACAGUCUUGCUAUUGGAGAAAUUUUAUUUCUCGCGUGGGGCAUAAGGGUAUGCUACAAUGUGCGCAAUGCCGAGAGCUUAUUCAAUGAAGCGAGAUUAAUUAGCUAUGCUAUUUAUAAUAUUGCUGGUGUAAAUACAACAAUGAUAGCAAUCCACCUUUUUAUAUUUCCGCAUGCUGGACCGGAUAUUAAGUACACCCUGGGUUUUUUACGGACCCAAUUAUCGACAACGGUGACCGUUGGCCUCGUAUUCGGGCCGAAGGUAUUACGAGUUUUACGAGGUCACGGUGACCAGUGGGACAGUCGUGCUCGUGCUCGUGGUAUCACGGCCAGCUUUUCCUUGAAUGGAAUACGCGGCCUUGUCGCUGAAGAAACAACUGAUUUGUAUCAAGAGAACGAAGAGCUUAAAGAAGAAAUUCAAAAACUUGCAGCACAAAUUGAGUUUAUGAAAAUAGUUCAUAUGGAAAUGCAUAAUCGCCAUAUUAAACCCAAAAUGGGGGGUUAUUUCAGUACCCAUGGCCAUAAUUGGAGUGCGCAGAGUCCCAAUGCUAAAAAUUCAUCCGCUAGUUUUAUUCUCAAGACGGUAGUUGAACGUGGAGCGACAGCAGCUGCCGCGGCAGCUGUUGAAGACUCGACAUUUCCUUCAGGAAGUCUUCAUCGCGCUCGAAGAAUGGAACUUUUGCGCGAAAGAAAAGCUGCACGUGAAAGAGAAAGACAAGAAGUUAAUAGGCAGCAACAAACAACUGGGAGUAAAAGUGAAGGAAUGACAAGUACAAGUAGCACUAGUGACGGUGAACAUGUCUGACUAGUGAUAAAUAGUGAUGAGGUCUGGCUAUGACGACAAAAUAAAAUAAAUAAUUUUUUAAUGCAACCAACAUUUUUAUCUACACUUUCCAUGAAAUUCAACGAGGUGUCUUGUAUAUAUCAAACUCAGUGCUUUAAAAUAAUAAUCAUUUUUUUAAAACAAAUUUUCAUUUUAUAAAUUUUUAAAAUUUAUA